AUGGAUCAAUCCCAGACAAAAGCCCUCGCUGUGAUCCAACCUUUCAUUCACCUCGCCACGACUACAAAGACUCCUUCCCCGCGUUUCAUUGCUGAACUGAUCAAGGGAGCAAUCUCGGCUCCUGGGGCGUACAUCUUCACCGAACUCCUUUCCGUGCCGGUGAUCCAGAGUUUGAGAGGCACGGAAGCAGAACCAUGGUUGAAGUUGUUGGAGAUCUUCAGUUGGGGGACGUAUGAGGAGUACAAAGCCAAUGCGUCUCUACCACCCCUCGACGAAGCUCAGACCUUCAAGUUACGCCAGCUCAGCCUCCUGACUCUGGCCUCGCCGUUCGCCCCGACCAGCAAGAACACAACAGCCGGUCCUUUGACAUACCCUGGGCUCCUCGCCUCCCUCCUGCUUUCCACCCCGCAAGACCUAGAAUCCUUGAUCACACAAUCAAUCUACUCCGGCCUCCUGACUGCUCGUCUCAGUCCCACGUCAUCCCCACCGACCGUACACAUCAUGUCCGUUGCGCCGCUUCGCGAUCUGCGCCCGCAUUCCCUUCCAAUCCUCUUGCAGAUCCUGCAGACGUGGGAAUCGCGCUGUGCCUCCGUCGUCACCGACCUGGAAAACCAGAUUGCCGCUGUUCGAUCGACGGCGCAACAGAGAGCCAUGCAAGAGAGGGCACGGCAGACUGAGGUGGACUCGCUUGUCCUCAGCAGUGACCGAGCGCAACAAGCAACAAGUGACAAUGGCUUCGCGUCGGAGGCCAGAGGUGGAAAUGGACGUGCCAGUCGCGGUCCUGGUCAACGCCCUCCUAGCAAGCGGGAUCUUGACCAGCAGAUGGAAGGCGAGGGUGACGACGCGGAUGAUGACUACGAGGAGGGCAAGAUGGACUUGGACGAAGGCAUCGGUGAGGGUCCCGGUGGAUUCCCAGCGUCGGGAACGCGAGGCAAAUAUGGUUGGGCUUUACGAGGUGCAAAGCGAAACCGCGGACGAGGGUCAAAGUGA